AUGAAGGCAGCAUCAUUUGAGCAGGUCACUAUUCUGCCCUUCAAUUAUCCAAUGGCCCCUCGAGAUAUCAAUUCAGAUUCGGAGCUCGUACUGUAUUCGAGUAGAACAGGGAUUCGUGUCGCCAACUGGAGCACAAAAAAUUGCGUCACUGUUAGACCGCAGGAGAACCGUGUCGGGAAAGUGCCCUCACAGCUACAGAUUUACCAGUUCUUUCUCAAAGUUCAUGUUCGCGCCAGAGGGCUUUUUCUUGAUUCAGUCACCUUUAAUUCUUCUCUCCGAACGCUAAACGUCGACUGGGUGGAAACGCUAGCCAUCGCUAUGUACGAAGACACUCCUCCCGAAAACGCCUGCAGUGCUAUUGUAGGCGAGUAUGCCGCCGGUUCGAGUUACCUUGAAGGAGAUAGACAGACCGAAAGUGGUCACGCUCAGUUACCGUAUCUCGAUGGAAGGGUAGUGUUGGAAAGCCCGGGAGGUGCGAGAGAGCUACCACCUGUACACGCUGUCUGA